AUGUACAGACUUACAGGUAAGUUUCACCUGACACAGUACCUGCGAACCCUCUCCCCUCCACACCUGUCCUUCCUCCUAUGUCCUGAUGUACAGACUUACAGUGGCGUCCCCCCUCUGUCGCUGUUGUCGUACAGGAUGUGUAUCCUGAGUAUGGCUCUGAGACGCCAGCCAGUGGACCUGGAUGACAGACAGCAGAUGCAGAACAUCCUCAACCACCUGAAAGUCUGUCACCCCAGACAACACACAAAGAUGGUGCCUCAGGGAGCUGAGGACACUGAAGGAGACAUGCCCAGCCUUGACCUAGAGUCAUGUGACCCAAGCAGCCAUCUUGUUGAUCGUGAGGAGUGGCGUGGGGUGAUGAAGAAUGGCCAAUGGAUGGAGCUAGAACACGUGUACAGGAAACAUGUCAAACCCAAAAAACAACAUGAGAUUCAGAAGCUGAGCCAGACUAUCAGCCAUCUUUGCUGCCAGUGUCGAUGUUCUCCAGUUGUGGAUGUUGGGGCGGGACUAGGUCACCUCUCAAGGAUCCUCACCUUUGCUCAUGGGGUCAAGGUCACAACAGUUGAGGCUGAAGGGGGUCAUGCUCCAAAGGCAGAACAGUAUGACAGGGAAAUAAAGAAGAACAUCAGAAAGGCAAAACUGAAGAAAGAGAAACUGGCGGUGAGAGAGUCAGCUGACGAGUGGUCAGAACCUGUAGGUGGACUGCCCAGCCACAUCGUCAGUAGAAUACAUGCUCACAUCUCUACCAGAGAUUUCCUGGCCCUCAUCAAACACAACAGACAUGAGCAGCAGACAGAACAGUGUAGGGAGCAGACGGGCAGUGGAAGCCAUCUUGAAAGUCCUCAUAUGAAUCAGAAUGAGAGCUUGAAGACCGUGUGUGCCAAUGGUACAGCAUAUGAGACAAACAAUGAGCGUGUAGACAGUGAUGUCAGCAAAAAUAACUUUCCUCAUAUUAAUACUCAAGAUGGAGAUGUGGCCGAGAUGAGUACUGAGUGUCUCACUCCAAACAAAACCAACUCAUGUACUUGCAGUCCAAAGAAAACAACCUCUGAUAUUACCAAAGAUAUUACAAAUGAAAACACCAUGUCAAAAUGUGAGAUUCACAACAGAGACAGCAAUCAAAAACACCAGGUUACCAUGGAGACAGACAAGUCUGAGGAGGUAGAGGCUGAAGACCUGUUUGUCCUGGACGGACUCCAUGCCUGUGGAGACCUGACUCCCACCCUGAUCCGGAUGUUCAUCAACUGUGAAGCUGCAGUGGGACUUGCAUCUGUUGGUUGCUGCUACAUGAAGCUGUCGGUGGAUGUGACAGGGUCAUCUGAAGGCGUGGCCCAGCAAGACAUUGGCUAUCCCAUGAGUCAGUUUGUUGCUGGUCUGCCAGAUGCUGGUCUCACGUACUCAUCUCGGGAGCUGGCCUGCCACUUUGCUGAUUGCUAUAUACAGAGGCUGAAAGACAACCCAGCACACCUGAAGAUCCACAGCUACCGGGCCGCCCUCCAGCAUGUCAUCCAGUCAGUCAGACCUGACUUCCAGAAUGGACUUAUCAAACUCACAGUUAGACGUGCAACUGAUCUGUCAUUUGAGAACUAUGCAAAAACAGCACUUGAAAAGUUAGGUUUUACAUCAGACAUCCCACCUGAAGUUUUGAGUGUUGCUGAGAGUUACCUCCCCUUAUGGAAGGAUGUUGUAGUGUUCUACACUCUGAGACUGUGCCUGGCGCCAGUGGUGGAGACCCUCCUUCUCCUGGACAGGAUGCUGUACCUACUGGAGCAUGGAGUCCCCAGCGUGCUGGUGCCGAUAUUUGACCCUAAGCUGUCACCCAGGAACUAUGUCCUCCUGGCCACGAAGGAGUGAUGAAGUCGGUGAUGUCACCUUCAGCCAUCUACUUAUGUAGCGAUGUAGCAGAAUAUUCAGUUGUCUUUUAUAUCAUAUCAUGAAUGGUCAACAGUAUCAUUUGUAGCAGUUGUAGGAGCAUUGAUGUGGCUUUGUGGUGGACGUGUUUGAUUGUCAUGCUGAACACGUGGGUUAGAUUCCCCACUUGGGAAAAUGUUUGAAGCAAAUUUCUGGGGUCACCUGCUGUGAUAUUGCUGGAAUAUUUAUAACAGCUGUGUAAAACACACAUUAAAGUCACAUUAAAGUUGUCUCUCAUUUCACCCUUGAACCAAAAUUCAGCAAUCUCAGACUGUGUUUGUGGUCUAGUGGUCAGUUGUCCCUUCAAUUCAAACCAAGUAUUCUUCAGUACAAUAACUGUAACAGAACAUUCACUUGCCCUUGUAUGUCAUAUUGAAGCAGGAUAUUCAACAGCCCUUCUGUCUCACACUGAAGCCAAAUAAUCAACAGCCCUUGUAUCUCACAUUGAAGCAGAAUAAUCAACAGCCCUUGUAUCUCACAUUGAAGCAGGAUUUUCAACUGCCUUGUCUGUCAUAUUGAAGCAGAAUAAUCAAACAGCCCUUGUACAUUACAUUGAAGCAGGAUAAUCAACAGCCCUUGUACGUUACAUUGAAGCAGGAUAAUCAACAGCCCUUGUAUCUCACAUUGAAGCAGGAU